AUGCCACACUUGCAUCGCCCUACAAAGGAAGAAUUGCUCGCUGCAGCGAAUGGGUUUUGGUCUAGACUCAAAGUGCGGUUCAAGUGGUUUUCUAUCAGGAGCGUGCGCCCCUUCAAUUUGGACGAAAUCACGGCUCUUUUUUCCUGGGUACUUCUCGGGCAUGUACUCUGGGUAGUGUUAGGCACGACAACUUUCUUCUCGUUGCUGAUUAUCGCCAUAAACACGGUCUUUGCUCAAGAAACACUAGCAGGGUGGAUAGGCAAUUAUCUAACCAAGUCAUCAGGGGUGAAGGUAGUCUUUGAGUCGGCUAUUGUGCCCAAAUGGAGGGAUGGUGUGAUCACGUUCAAGAAUGUUUUUGUCUCAAGACGACCAGGUCAAGGGACCGGAAAUGUUAGUAAAGGAUCGUCGAAGACUGCUGCGGCUGUAGCUGCUGCUGCAGCUCUUGGGAGCCAGCCCAGUCAGGAGCUUCCCGAUGCGCGAUCCUCGUUGGAUGAGGAAGACACGAACUAUACGCAGUUUGACGUGUCAAUCGAGACUGUCAAUGUUACCCUGUCUUUCACCAAAUGGAUAAAUGGUAAGGGUCUACUUCGCGAUGUCGAGGUAAGAGGUAUAAGGGGAGUCAUUGACCGCAGGUACGUCCAUUGGUCGGAUGAUGACCUGGAUCCCAAGUCAUACCGGCACGAACACAGUCCUGGGGACUUUGAGAUCGAUUCAUUCAAAAUGAGCGACGUGCUGGUUACAGUAUAUCAGCCAGACGGUUUCAGGCCCUUUCCUGUCAGUAUUUUUUCGUGCGACUUGCCUCAGCUAAGGAAGCAGUGGCUUCUAUAUGAUUUCAUGUCGGCCAACAUUAUGUCUGGAUCGUUCGAUAAUUCGCUCUUCACAAUACAUCCUCGUCAAACACACAGCUUCACCGGUGCGCAGCUUGAUGGUGGUACUGAGGAUGGCAAACCAAGCCCAUGGAAAAAGCAUAGCAGGAUACGCGUGGAUGGCCUCAACAUUGACCACCUAAACCGUGGAGUUCAAGGACCUUUCUCCUGGAUACACGAGGGUACGGUAGAUAUCGUUGCUGACAUCAUGUUUCCGGUUGAGAACGAUGAGAGUCUUGCUAAGGUCAUGGUCGACUUUUAUGAUCGGCUAGAGGCCACCGUCACAUCCAACAAUGACCACGAGUCGGCCUUGCCCAAAUCUCCACUUAGCGAUUUCGCUUCCGAGGAUGACAAGCGUUUCUUAGUCACUGACCUCCGUCUCCACUUGAAUAAUGUCAGAGCGGUGGUUCCUCUAUUUACCCGGGAUCUAUCUUACAUAAAUAACGCAUUGAUUCGCCCCAUUGUCGCUUAUAUCAAUUCAAGACGCACCUUCAUUCCUGUGAACUGUCGUCUUGUCAAGCGGGUUUGUGAUUUUGACGGCAGCUGGACGACUUUUGAUAGCGGUUUGAUGGACGAUCUUUCCGCGGCAGUGUACGAUGCUUUCGCUCGAGAUGUUGUAGAUGAGCAAGCUCGGAAGCGGCGAUUCAAGAAAGUCGGUUUUUGGUCACUGCAGCUGGCCGCCCAAGCUAUCUUCAUGGGUAUGGCUGGAAAUAUAGCAUGA